AGGGAGAGAGGGGGAGAGGGGGAGAGGGCUCUCACACACGCACUUCUUCCAGCAGACACAGACAGUCACGGCGGGGAGGUGAGGAAGCCAGCGUGCGGGCGCCCGCGGAUGCUGAGCCGCAUGGUGGGCGGUCAGGACGCCCUGGAGGGCGAGUGGCCCUGGCAGGUCAGCAUCCAGCGCAACGGGAGCCACUUCUGCGGGGGCAGCCUCGUCGCGGAGCGCUGGGUCCUCACCGCGGCGCACUGCUUCUCCAACACCUCGGACACCGCCCUGUACCAGGUGCUGCUGGGUGCCCGGCAGCUGGUGAGGCCAGGCCCACACGCUGUGUACGCGCACGUGAGGCGUGUGGAGAGCAACCCACAGUACCAAGGCAUGGCCUCCAGCGCCGACGUGGCCUUGGUGGAGCUGCAGGAGCCCGUGGCCUUCACCAGCCACAUCCUCCCCGUGUGCGUGCCCGGCCCCUCCGUGGCCUUCCACAGCUGCAUGAACUGCUGGGUCACCGGCUGGGGCAGCCCCAGCGAGCAAGACCGCCUGCCCAGGCCACGCAUCCUGCAGAAGCUGGCGGUGCCCAUCAUUGACACGCACAGGUGCAACCAGCUGUACAGCAGGGACACGGAGGAGGGCUUCCAGCCCCGGGUCAUCCAGGACGACAUGCUGUGCGCCGGCUACGCCGAGGGCAAGAGGGACGCCUGCAAGGGCGACUCGGGGGGCCCGCUGGUGUGCCAGGUGGGCCAGGCGUGGCUGCAGGCUGGGGUGAUCAGCUGGGGCGAGGGCUGUGCGCGCCCCAACCGCCCGGGCGUCUACAUCCGCGUCACCGCGCACCACAACUGGCUGCGGCGCGUCGUCCCCGAGCUGCGCUUCCAGACAGGCCCGGGGCAGCGGGACCCCCGGUGGCAGCUGCCCCCCGAGAGCAGCCACGCGCCCAGUGUCGUGACCUGUGCUGCGCUGUUGGCCGUGGCUGUCCUGGCCACCCUGCUCUGAGUGCCUGGGCUGUAUGUAUGAACAGCCCCUCACAUGGCUGCUAUUUCUAUUUAUGCUCCCUCAAUAAAACCUCAAUCAAGUGUG